AUGCCUGCUCCCAUGGAAGGCUCUGCCCUGCUGUGGAUAGCUUUGCUGCUCUUUGCUCCAGACGGCAUGUUAGCAGCCUCCCGGAAAUCUGUAGUGUCCUUGCAACCCCCAUGGAAUAGAAUAUUUAGAGGAGAGAAUGUUGCUCUUAUAUGUAACAAGAACAAUUCCCUUGAAGUCAACUCCACUAAGUGGAUCCACAACGGAAGCCUUUCAGUCGUGACAACUUCAAGCUUGAACAUUGUGAAUGCCAACCUCAAGGACAGUGGGGAAUACAAAUGUCAAAACCAAAACUUUAACCAGAGUAAACCUGUGUACCUGGAAGUCUUCAGUGACUGGCUGCUCCUUCAGGUCUCUGCUCAGGUGGUGACGGAGGGUGAGCCCCUCUUCCUCAGGUGCCACGGUUGGCAGGAUCAGAAUGUCUACAAGGUGGUCUAUUACAAGAAUGGCAAAGCUCUCAAGUACUGGUAUGAGAACCACAAUAUCUCCAUUGCUAAUGCCACAGUUGAAGACAGUGGCACCUAUCACUGCACAGGCACCCUCCAGCAGCUGAAGUAUACCUCUGAUCCCCUCAACAUUACUGUAAUAAAAGCUCACCAAAGCAAGUACUACUGGCUACAAUUGUUAAUCCCAUUGUUGGUGGUGAUUCUGUUCAUUGUGGACACAGGGCUAUUUAUCUCGACCCAGCAGCAGUUCGCAUUUCUCUUGAAGAUUAAGAGGACCAGGAAAGGCAACAAACCUCUGAACCCACAUCCUAAGCCAGAUACCAAAAAGGACUGAUGUCAUUACUCAAGAAACAUUUGCAACAUCAAUUUUUUUUUUUUCCGGCAUCAGCAAUUGCUGCUCAAUUGUCAAACACAGCUUACAAUGUACAUAGAGAAGUCUGUGCUCAAGGAUUUAUAUAACUGCUUCAUUAAAUCACCUAAAACCAGUUAAGUGGCGUGUAAUAGUAAGUACUCAAUAAAAGUUGGCUGAAUACAAUAAAGAAUAAAUAGAUUCAUUUAUUAGCAUUUGCAAAUGAUAAAUUCAAUUUGAAUAAAAUAAGUAU